GUUGAACCUCCAUCACUUACAUUUGACAUCAGUCACUUCACCUACAAAUAGGCUGGUCUCAGACUACCCACUCAAGUUUAUGUCAGUGGAUGUGACAUGGGUCAGAUAAGAUUUGGCAUCUUGCUUAAUACUAUUGUUUUCCAGUGUUUUAUCACUGUGCUUUCCAUUCAGAAAAGAGAAUGGGUUGAUAUCUCAACAGCAAAAUUAACAGAGGGAGAUGUCGCAUGUUUUUCUGAAUACAUGGAGAUAUGGAUCCACAGGGCGAGGAUCGAAGGGUUGGGGGUCUGGCUGUCUGGGGCCUUACGGAUUCAAGUCAACUUUGCAUCUCUGGAUCACCUCAACCUCCAGCUGUCUGCCUGCAGAUUCUCACUGCACAAAGACCCUGACAAGAACUUUAUCUUUAGAGUCAGUUACACUGGAUGUUUUGUCCAGCAACAGCACAGCUUCCAUGUCCUCACACUGAAUUUGGUCAAGAGGAUAAGUCGGUUCGGAGGCAGACCUCACAGUUUCAUGAUGAAGUGUCCCAUGGUUUCUGUUCUACCCAGCAGAGAGCACAUCCGGUGUGACCCAGACUACAUUCAGGUGACCAGACAAGUUCCUUAUGACAACUGGAACAAUGAGCUGCACUGGUCACUGUCUCUGAAUAAUCACCUGAUUGUAUCUCUGGAGGAUGUCAGUCUGAUCCAGUUGAACAUCGACAUGAACGGACCAGACAUUACAGUUCAAGGGAGAAGGAAAGAAGUCUUGAGCCCUGUCAAAGUGAUGGAAAAUGAAGGUGAAUUCUUGGCCUUGAAGCUGGUCAGUGGUCAGUACGCCUACAGUAUGGAAGCAACGUGUCCAAAAGUGACGACUUCUGCAGCAGAUGAAACCGUGCUGCACAUUUUCAAACGCCGCAUGGGUUUGACCAAGCGAGGCAGCGAUGAAAAUGAAACACUGACAGUCAGUAAUGUGUCAGUGAACCAGACAGAUCAUUUCACUGUGAACGAGACGAGUGAGUUUGUGACACUGAUCAUUCCUGCAGUCCAAAUCCUCCAGACCAAGGCCUGUGCAGACAACAAACAACUCUGGCAGCCGUUCUACAGGGUGGAUGUUGUGCUCACCUUCAAAGAGACGAAUCACAAAAUGCACUGGACCAUGGAGAACACACUGCCAUGCACAGCCCUAUCCACUCUCAACUUCAAAGUAAUGAAUUUGACUUCUGAACAACCGUCGUUGGACCGCUCCACCGUCCCUGCAGGAAAACUGAAUGAGGCAGCUCCAUUCGAAGAGAUGAGUGUUGAGUUUUCCACAACUAAUUCCCCUAACACGCAGACGGAGGCCAGCAGUUUUAAUUUCCACAUUGAUGAGAUGUCAAAGAGUCAAAGUGAGAAUUUGUCUUCCUGGUUUGACAGUGACGCCGUUCCUUCUAUUAAUGUGACUGAAACAAGCUUUUCUUAUUUUCAAAAUGCAACCGUAAAUGCUUCGGCGGAGACAGAUUUUCUUGAGUCAUCAGCAUCACUUCUCCUCACAGUGGUUGCACCUGAACAAAUGAGCAAUAGCAGUUCAACACAGUAGUGACCAGCAAUAAAUAGAAAUUAGACAGUAAACAAAUGAAAAAAGCAAAUAUUGAGAUUUGUGAGGAGCAAAAAUCAGAUAAAAUUUGAGGAAAAUGUAUGAAUAACUGUCACAAAUGAAACAUGUUUAUCCAACUUAUGUAUUUUGCCAAAUUCUGCAACAUCAUGUCCACUAUCUUUUGUCAAAUUAGACCUCAAACACAGUUUCAGCUUUUCGAACACAUGCUUUAAUCCACCAGCUUUUUUGAUUAACAUCUUUUAUAAAAAUUCUCAUUGGUACCACAUGCUGCACGUCUGUUUGCAGUCUUGAAAGGUGAUGCGGUGGUCAGUUAGUGCUGUGAAGAUUGAUUAUACAAGCAGAAAUACAGCCAGACCUCUGCCAGCCGUUGCCUGCAGGUGGACAUUAUCCAGACACAGACAAGGCAGGCGUUAAAUAAACACGUCUCUAUCCGAGCAGCACAACAGGCUGAUGCAGAGAAGACCCUGCAGUUGUUACAGCUGAUGCCAACUCUUAGAGAAACCUUGUGUUAUAGACGCUCAUAAUGAAGGUUUUCAAUAACACAGAAUGAUGAAUCUCACACUCUCAGAGGUUUUAUGUUUAUUAAGGGGAAACUGAUGCUUUGCUUUGUUUUUUCUUCUGCAAAAGAAAAACAAAGGUUUCUGAAUUUAAACAGUAUUUCAGCUACUGUAGUAUUGCUUUAUGUAGCUUAGCUGCAGUAUCCUGAAUCAACAGGAGAGGGCACUAUUGAAUUUGUUUUCAGAAAACUCUCUUGAUGGGCCGACAGCCUGCCUGCAAAUUCUCUUUUUCCGAAUUAAACAGUUUUACAUGUUUUUCACUGGACUUAUUUUCAAUCUCAGUUGCUUUUUCAUGAAAUACCCCUAAGCAAUACAAAAUGUAGUAGAGAGGGAAGUUCACUUAAACCUAGUAUGCAUCUUUGCCAGUAUAGUUAAUUAGUUGCUUUGAAUAUUACUACCUUUAAAUGUAUCUAUACAUAAUCACAGGUAUGAUCAAAAUUCUAGUGACUAAAAUGACAGAAGAUGUUUAACUUUUGUUUCCACCGCUGUUUUUCCACCUUUGUUAUUGUGACCUCCUGGUAUGCACCCAAGCGUCUGUAAAUGAUAACAGUGCAGUGUUACGCAGUUACAUGCAUCAUAUACAAUGGGCUGUGGGGCAGAAAAUCUAAACUUCCUUGUGCCUUUGGUCCCCAUCUGCUCAGUGAACUUAUGAGCAGGAAAUGGAAUAACUGGUGCAAAAAGCACGCCAACAUCCCCGCUUCUUUCAUGUGGCCUCUCUCGGCCAUUACUCUAUCUGUACCGACUGUUAACUGUCUUUACAAAGUUAAAAAUCCCUUUCAUGUUUCAGUGUUUCUUUUUUGUUUUAAUUUCAGUCAGAACAUAUGGUUUGCACAUCUGGGAGAUGCUAAGCAUGGUGGCACCCAACCCCCACUCACACUGCUUCUGUGAAGUGAUCCAUAUAUGGUCUUCAUUGUUAUUGCUCAUAAUCACUCAUCAUUAUUAUAAACAAGUCCUGUCUUGAUUGGCCGCUUUGAGGUUUACUGUGUAAAGAUGCUUAAUAAUGUGAACUUUCAGAAUUUCAAACACAGACAAGACCUUAGGAGAGAGUGAAAACUUUCGCUGGUGAUGUUUAAUUCACAGCUGUAGACAUCUUCCUUCGCUCAAACCUGCGACUGAAUUUGCCACCUGUGAUUAAUCUGAGUUUCCUGAUGUGACCGGUUGUGUAUGGGUGACAUCAUUUCUUUAAACAAGGAACACUCUGUGCAGACAUUUACAGUAAAUGAUUGUUUGGAUUACAUGUUUCUCAUGAUUAGAUCUCGCUGAACUUAUCUGCAGACGCCACCAUGAAGCUGCAAAAAUUUAAUAUUUCUAGUUAAUGCUCAGUGUAGUCAGACCUCCCGAAAGUGGUCUAACAACAAGACAAACAGCUUGUGCCAUUGGACCACAAACAAGCCAUCAGAUCAUAUCAGGAAAUUUAAUAAGU